AUGGUUUUCUACUUCAAGGCUCGACCGGAAGCCGGAGACUACACGAUAUUUAUGGGCCUUGACAAGUACGAGAACGAAGAGCUCAUCAAAUAUGGUUUCCCCGAAGACAUUUGGUUCCAUGUGGACAAAAUGUCUUCAGCCCAUGUUUAUCUGAGACUGCGCAAGGGUCAAACCAUUGAUGAUAUAUCAGAAGGUGUAUUGGAAGAUUGUGCCCAACUAGUUAAAGCAAAUUCUAUUCAAGGAAACAAAGUAAACAAUGUUGACAUUGUUUAUACCCCCUGGCAAAAUCUUAAGAAAACUGCUUCGAUGGAUGUUGGGCAAGUUGGUUUCUACAACUCAAAAAUGGUUCGUACGGUGAGAGUGGAAAAGCGAAUAAAUGAGAUAGUUAACCGGUUAAACAGGACAAAGCUGAACGAGAGGCAGUCAAUGCAGCUGAAAGAGCAGAGAAGAAACAGCAUCUCAGGGAGAAGAAACGAAAAGAAGAGUUGGAGAGGCUCGAAAAGGAGAAACAAGCUGAAUUAA